CGGGCUGUGCUGGUCGCCGGGGCUGGCAGCGACGCGGGUUCCGGAGUAAACAAGGGGGAGUCUCCCCUGCACCGUAAUCGGAGUCCAGGGGGCGGGAGCCGCGCCGCCGCUCAUGUCGCUGCCCGGCCGCCUGGCCCUCCUCCGCGCCCCGGGGCGGCUCCUCCGCGCCCCGCGCCCCUGGCCCGGCCCCUCGGCGGUGGCCGCGUGGACCCGCAGCAGCGCCCUCGGGCCCCGCGCGCGGGCCCCGGCGGGAGUUGGGGAUCGGGGGGCGGCGGCGGGGCGGAGAGCCGGGGUGCGCACUUGGGCGCCCCUGGCCAUGGCGGCGAAGGUGGACCUGAACACCUCCACCGACUGGAAGGAGGCGAAAUCGUUCCUGAAGGGCCUGAGCGACAAGCAGCGGGAGGAGCACUACUUCUGCCAGGACUUCAUCAGGCUCAAGAAGGUCCCCACCUGGAAGGAGACGGCGAAAGGGCUGGCCGUGAAGGCGGAGGAGAAGGAGCCCAAGUACAAGAAGGACAAGCACCUCAACGAGAAGAUCUCCCUGUUCCGCGGCGACAUCACCAAGCUGGAGGUGGACGCCAUCGUCAACGCCGCCAACAGCUCCCUGCUCGGAGGCGGCGGUGUGGACGGCUGCAUCCACCGGGCCGCCGGGCCGCUGCUCACCGACGAGUGCCGGACCCUGCAGAACUGCGAGACCGGCCAGGCCAAGAUCACCGGCGGCUACCGGCUGCCCGCCAAGUAUGUCAUCCACACGGUGGGGCCCAUCGCCUACGGGGAGCCCAGCGCCAGCCAGGCCGCCGAGCUCCGCAGCUGCUACCUGAGCAGCCUCGCCCUGCUGCUGGAGCACGGGCUGCGCUCGGCGGCGUUCCCCUGCAUCUCCACCGGCGUGUUUGGCUACCCCAAUGAGGCGGCGGCGGAGGUAGUGCUGGCUGCACUGCGCGAGUGGCUGGAGCAGCACAAGGACAAGGUGGACCGGCUGAUCAUCUGCGUGUUCCUGGAGAAGGAUGAAAGCAUCUACCUGCAGCGGCUGCCCCACUACUUCCCCGUGGACGCGGACGCGCCGGGGCCUGCUGGACCUUGCUCCCAGCUCUGAGGGUGCUGAAGCCUGCCGCUGGGCCCGGGCAUCCCUUCCUCAGCCCCGCUCCACAGGAGCCUAAUAAAGACCAGCCGUUGCAGCUCGCGGUCUGAGCCUGACUGGGUGAGGGAGGACCGCCGGUGCAGGCUCAGGGCAGUGAGAGUUCAGGGCCAGGCGAUGGCGCACGUGGGCAGUACUUCACAUUUAUUGAGGGCCUGCCCCCCAAGGAGCUCACAGCCUGGGGAUUGAGCCCCCACAUGUGCUGGGGUGGGGAGAAAAGGAAGUCAAGGCAAAAAGGCAAGCAAUGCAGACACCGGGGCGGAAGCAAAGGGGUGCAAGCAGGCACAGGCAGGGGCCCGGGGUGGACAGGGGAUGGCAGCCUGGUAAGUCCUGCCUGGGGACCUGACCAAGCAGAGGCCUGAAGGCUGCCCCCCUACCAGGUGGGGUCGCCUGGGGGUGCAGAGGUACCCCAGCUCCUCCGCCUGCUGAGUCAGGUUCCACCAUCAUGUGGGCCCUCUCCUCCCAGUGCUCCCUGACAUGCAGACCCCGAUGGAGAGCAGGCAGUUGGGGCCUGGGGCCCCGGGCAGGACAGCAGGACGGAGGUGGACUAUGAGGGGCAGCUUGAAGCCUCGAUGGUCCUAGG